AUGCUCCGCUCUCUCCUACCCGUGGGCAUUGCCCUGCUAGGUGCAAAGUCUGUUCUUGCUGCUGCCGCAACAUGCUCUUUAGAAAGCAAAUGCCCUGAAGACACGCCAUGUUGUUCACAGUAUGGCCAGUGUGGUGUGGGCGCCUACUGCCUUGGAGGGUGCGAUCCUCGCAUGUCGUUUUCGCUCGACGCUUGUGUCCCAGAACCAGUAUGCGUCAGCAAAACUAUAAAAAUGGACAGCAAAGACAAUAUUGUGGAUGUUUCGAAAUAUCUCGGCGAUUCGACGAAAGCCGAUUGGGUUGCCCAGGGCACGCCCGUGCCUUUUAAUGGAAACAUGCUUUUGACCAUGCCUCCAAAUACUGCGGGUACUGUUCUUGCGUCUACGAACUAUAUUUGGUAUGGAAACGUAAAAGCGAAAGUGAAAACUGGUAGAGGCGCGGGAGUGGUAACAGCGUUCAUCUUGUUAAGUGAUGUGAAGGACGAAAUUGAUUACGAAUGGGUUGGUACCGAGCUCGAUAUCGCACAAACAAAUUACUAUUUCCAGGGCAUCCCGGACUAUACACACUCUUCUAACAUUACUGGCGUUUCCGAUACGAACGCCAACUUCCAUGAGUACGAGAUUCGUUGGACGCCUGACGACAUCACAUGGCUCGUAGAUGGCAAAGUUGGUCGGACUCAAAAGAAGUCGGACACAUGGAACGCUACUGCCAACCAGUGGGACUUCCCUCAAACGCCUGCUCGUCUACAACUGUCUAUCUGGCCCGGUGGAGCCAGCACCAACGCAAAAGGAACCAUCGACUGGGCUGGUGGUCCGAUUGACUGGAACAGCGAGGAUAUUCAACGCGAUAAAUACUACUAUGCUACCUUUGGCGAAGUCAGCAUCGAGUGUUACCAGACCAAGUCUCCACCGGGUACGAACUCAGGCAAGAGCUACACAUUCAACGACUACCGUGCCACCAACGACACCGUCAUAGAUGGCGAUAGCAAUACAAUCCUCAAGUCACUUUUGGGCACUGGUCUGGAUAUGGACAAGGAGAUUGCUGCGUCGGCCUCUGGCACAGCUGAGGUCAUCCCUGGUCUGAGUGGUGGUGGACCCGGUACCAACGGACAGGCAGCUGGCGAUGCCAGUGGCGACAGCAGUUCUGGAGGCAGCAGUGGCAGCAGCUCAUCUGGCUCCAGCGGUUCCACUCCCAAGUGCAAUAGUGACAGUGGAUGGCAACAGGAUUGCUCGUCAAGCAGUAGCGAUAGUAGUACCACUACUAGUACCAGUGAUGGCGAGAAACAAAUACACGUUUUUGGUGUAAGCGUGUUCGCUGCACUGAUCGCUGUUGGUGGCAUGCUGUUCAUGUAG